UUAUAGCCCUAGACAAGAGUGAAACAUUUUUAGGCAAGAGGAUAAAAAUAGGGUCACGAUAGUUACAGUACUAAAAUUAGCCCCCAGAAUAGUCCAUCUCGGGUUAUUCUUAGAGUAAUUGACAGAAUAUGAAUGGCCAAAGGAGGGGUCGUGGUAGAAAUGGCCGUCCAAAAUUAUUUAAAAAAGAAGAACAAGAAAGAAACAAUUGUACUAGAGUCAACUACUAGACCCCCCCAAAGGAGAUCGUAGAGAGUCCCGAUUCGGGGUCAAUUGUGAUUGGCCGAUAACUCCCAAACAGAAACAGGGCGGUCCCGUUGAAUUAGUCAAGAUAUAGGCAAAAGCCAUAGGCAGAUAUCCUGUUGGGAUCAAACCCGGGGGUAAUCUGAUGAGUCUCUGUUUGAAGUGAUUAUCACGCAGGGAAACUAAGGAAUAGCCCGGCUUCUCGCCUAAUUAGCGAAUUUAGUGCAGAGCCUUAAGAAGUUUAUAAAGACACUGGCUGAGGACAGGAGGGGACAGUCCUCAACCUAUCAACUCACCAGGACAGCCACCGGAUAGCAGCCUCUUAACCACAAUCCUACCGGUACUUUGAGCAGCUCUACAGCUAGUACACCAGACCUGAAGACAGUCUCUAUCUGACCGAUGAGAAUGCCACACUUAAGUGACUGUAGUUACUACAAGAUGCGAGACGGAGCCCGAGUUUCCAAUGUCUGUAUGGAACAGGUCCAGAGCCACCUGGAGGGCUCUAAGUUCCACCUACACCAGGCUCAGAGUCAGCAGGUCAAGCAGUACCUGACGCUGGGUUCCAGGGUGGCUGGGGGACAGGGGGGCCACCCUCACCCCACUGGGCAGGGAGGGCAGCUCCUGGGCACCAUUCCAGUGAUGAGGAACAGCCACCUGGCCCCCCUCAGCGAUGGCAGCACCCCCAGCAGCCCUGUUACACUGCUGACCUUGGCAUCGAACCAUGACAGUGAGUUUCCAAUGGAUGACGUCAUUGAUGACUUGAUUAGCCUGGAGUCUGGGUUCAAUGACAGGGGCUUGGAUUGUAUGGAUCCCAGCAUCAUAAUGCAAAACAACGUGCUCAGCAGCAGCAUGCUGGACAUCUAUGGGGGUGAACCAGGUAUGACUACAGCCCCUCAUGGCCGAAUGACACCCACCUCACGCCCCACUAUGCUCACUACUGUAAAAAGGGAAGUGACAGAACAUGAAACGAGAGUGAUGGCCAAAGAACGACAGAAGAAAGACAACCACAACUUGAUUGAAAGAAGAAGAAGGUACAACAUCAACUACAGAAUCAAAGAACUUGGAACAAUGAUACCAAAGUCGAAUGACCCGUUAUCUUUUAUGUCCCUCUGCCGUAGUGAUAUGCGCUGGAACAAAGGCACCAUUCUCAAGGCGUCGGUGGAGUACAUCAAGUGGCUGCAGAAGGAGCAGCAGCACGCCAGAGAGCUGGAGAACAGGCAGAAGAAGAUGGAGCAGGCCAACCGGAGGCUACUGCUCAGGAUCCAGGAGUUGGAGAUCCAGGCCCGUGCUCAUGGCCUCCCCAGCAUGGCCACUGCCCUGGGUACUGUAGAGCUCUCCUCCCACCUCCUCAAACAACAAAAACAACAGCAGCAGCCCUUGGCUCCCCAGUCACUGCAGGGUCUCCAGCCACCCCUGUACCAGGAAGAACUGAACGGGGAGUACCUCCAGAGGACCUCCAUGCCAGCCAUGGUCACCGGGGUUACAGACCAGGGUCAGGGGGUGGUUGAUGACUCCACCACUUUCUCCGACCCGCUGUCUCACUUCACAGACUUCUUCAGCUCCACGCUCAAAGAGGAGCAACGGCUAGACGAGAUCCUCAUGGACAACCCGCUCUCGCCUUUCGGCACCGACCCGCUUCUCUCCGCCGGCUCGCCCGACGCCUCCAAGGACUCCAGUCACAGGAGCAGCUUCAGCUCGGACGAUGGCGACGAUGACCUAUGAUCCCUGACCCCUCCGCGACCCUGUGUCAAAGGUCAAAGGACAAACCGCAGUUGGUCACCCUCACAAAGUGGUGCAGGGAUUUGUUCCAGCCCAGCACCAACACAUCCGAUUCCACUGACCAGCUCGAAUCAUUGAGAGCUCGAUUCGUGGGCUCAGGUGUGUUAGUGCUGGGCCGGAGCCAGCACCCCCUGUGGCUCUCCAGGACCAGGGUUAGUUACCACUGUCCCUCCCACUUUUUGAAAACUUUGAUCGAGAGUGCAUACAGCACCUCUGCCUCGCAGACAGAACCAGACUCAUGAGAAAAAGGGAGAAAGACAAUCGGUCCAAACUGAUCAUAUAAUACUGCUCCACAGUGCAUUGGACACUGGGGUUGUUGAACACCACUGUAAACUAUGCAGACUACUUCACCGUAAACUAUGCAGACUACUUCACUGUAAACUAUGCAGACUACUUCACUGUAAACUAUGCAGACUACUUCACUGUAAACUAUGCAGACUACUUCACUGUAAACUAUGCAGACUACUUCACCGUAAACUAUGCAGACUACUUCACUGUAAACUAUGCAGACUACUUCACCGUAAACUAUGCAGACUACUUCACUGUAAACUAUGCAGACUACUUCACCGUAAACUAUGCAGACUACUUCACCGUAAACUAUGCAGACUACUUCACUGUAAACUAUGCAGACUACUUCACUGUAAACUAUGCUACUUCACCGUAAACUAUGCAGACUACUUCACCGUAAACUAUGCUACUUCACCGUAAACUAUGCAGACUACUUCACCGUAAACUAUGCAGACUACUUCACUGUAAACUAUGCAGACUACUUCACCGUAAACUAUGCAGACUACUUCACCGUAAACUAUGCAGACUACUUCACUGUAAACUAUGCAGACUACUUCACUGUAAACUAUGCAGACUACUUCACUGUAAACUAUGCUACUUCACCGUAAACUAUGCAGACUACUUCACCGUAAACUAUGCUACUUCACCGUAAACUAUGCAGACUACUUCACCGUAAACUAUGCUACUUCACCGUAAACUAUGCAGACUACUUCACCGUAAACUAUGCAGACUACUUCACCGUAAACUAUACAGACUACUUCACCGUAAACUAUGCAGACUACUUCACCGUACCUAUCAUGUGUCUUUGCGACAUGCCAAAAGAGGAUUGUUUCCUUUUCAGAGGUAUAGUAUUACUGUUAUUGUAUAAAAGGACUUUAAACCAUUGAGAUUCACUGAUGGGCCCUAUCGAGAGCUAGUUACUGGUGGUUCCUCUUCCAAACAGAAAUGAAAAUGGAACAGUGAUACUAGCCGAAAAAGCCUAACACGUCCUUCGUUCAUCUUUACAUUUAUUUUUAUAAAAUGUUUUAUGUAUUUAUAUGUGUUUUAAUCCAUGUAUUCCCAAAAAACAUGACAUUAUCUAACAUGCUCUCUUUUCUAUUGGUGGGGGUGGGGAAAAUAUAAUAAACCCCUUUUUUUUUAAA